GCUGGUGGAUGAAGAGUGAGGCUUAUGUGAAAUGUUUCCCUGUAGGGUGCCAGCCUCCCUGUGAUGGACCUGACUGAGCUCCCCAAGUGCACAGUGUGUCUGGAGCGUAUGGAUGAGUCCGUGAACGGCAUCCUCACCACCUUAUGUAACCACAGCUUCCACAGCCAGUGUCUGCAGCGCUGGGAUGAUACAACGUGUCCUGUUUGCCGAUACUGUCAAACGCCAGAGCCAGUAGAAGAAAAUAAGUGUUUUGAGUGUGGUGUUCAGGAAAACCUUUGGAUUUGUUUAAUAUGUGGCCACAUAGGGUGUGGACGCUACGUGAGCCGACAUGCUUAUAAGCACUUUGAGGAAACACAGCACACGUAUGCCAUGCAGCUCACCAACCAUCGUGUCUGGGACUAUGCUGGAGAUAAUUAUGUUCAUCGACUGGUUGCAAGUAAAACAGAUGGAAAAAUAGUACAAUAUGAAUGUGAGGGGGAUACUUGCCAGGAAGAGAAAAUAGAUGCCUUACAGUUAGAGUAUUCAUAUUUACUAACAAGCCAGCUGGAAUCUCAGCGAAUCUACUGGGAAAACAAGAUAGUCCGGAUUGAGAAGGACACAGCAGAGGAAAUUAACAACAUGAAGACCAAAUUUAAAGAAACGAUUGAGAAAUGUGAUAAUCUGGAGCACAGACUAAAUGAUCUUCUAAAAGAAAAGCAGUCUGUGGAAAGAAAGUGCACUCAGCUAAACACAAAAGUGGCCAAACUCACCACCGAGCUCAAAGAGGAGCAGGAAAUGAACAAGUGUUUGCGAGCCAACCAAGUCCUCCUGCAGAACAAGCUGAAAGAGGAGGAGAGGCUAUUGAAGGAGACCUGCGACCAGAAAGACCUGCAGAUCACUGAGGUCCAGGAGCAGCUGCGUGACGUCAUGUUCUACCUGGAGACGCAGCAGAAGAUCAACCACCUGCCCGCCGAGACCCGGCAGGAGAUCCAGGAGGGGCAGAUCAACAUCGCCAUGGCCUCAGCCUCGGGCCCGCCCUCUUCGGGGAGCGGCGGGAAGCUGCCCCCCAGGAAGGGCCGCGGCAAGAGGGGCAAGUGACCUGCAGAGAAACACACCCUGGUGCCGUGAGGGGUGCUGGGACCUUCGGUUGAUGUGAGGGUGGGCCCUAAUACGUACAAGUGAGGAUCAAGC